AUGCUAUUCGGCUCAGAGCCGCCGCUCUACCUGAAACCCGUCGGCCGGCGGGGCCUGCGGCGCCACGAAGCGGACGCGCUGCAGCACUACCCCGGCUACCUCCACCCCAUGGAGCAGCAGCCCGGCGGCGAGGGCUACAUGAGCGAUGCCCACCGCCUGCACCCACUGCUCACGCCGGCGGAGGAGCUGCGGCGCGAGCGCAACGAGAAGGCGAAGCGGCAGCAGUGCGCACUCGCGGUGCGGCAGCAGCGCCACAACGAGCGCGAGAUGAAACUAAUGGAGCGCCGCGAGGAGGAGUUCCAGAGGGAGCAGCGCCACAAGGCGCAAAUAGCAGGCCUCUCCAUCCGCAACGAGCCAGGGGACGGGCGAGACACUGUCACGCGGCAGUACAGGACGCUAGAGGCGUUACGCCGCCACGAGCACCAGCACGCGGUGGAGGAGCACAUAUACUUUGCGCGGCAGCGGCGGUUGGUGGAGCGCAACAACCCACAUGGCUACAAUAUUGUGACGGGCGAACCGCUGCCGGCGAUUUUGGUGCCGCCUGUACCGUCGCUGUCGCCGUCGGUCUCGCCUGCUCUGGAGAAUGUAUAG